AUGUCUGAAUCUGAAUGGAAAGAAAGUAUUCUGAUACCGAUUUUCAAAAAGGGAGAAAAAACCGAUCCCCAAAAUUAUCGAGGCAUUAGCCUGAUGAGUACGGUUCUGAAACUAUUCACUAAAAUCUUAACAGAAGAAGUAAUGUCUACCGGGAUAUGUGAAGAACAGCAAGGUUUAAGAAACAACAGAUCUGCUAUAGAUGCUAUAUUUAUAAUGCGCCAAAUAACUGAAAAAGCCAUAGAGUUUAAUAAGGCAGCCUUUAUGUGCUUCAUUGAUCUCACCCAAGCACCAGCGGAUACGGUUUUAAGACUAAAAAACGUUUAUAAACAUGGAAUUCCCUCAGCAAUAAAACCUGUACCACAUGGUAUAGAUCUACUGAAUCCUUCUCUAACUAGCAUUUCCACAGAUGUACCAUUUAAAUCUGAGAGGGAUGAUACGCAACAUUGA